AUGGCACGCUACGAACGUUUUGAUGACGAUGUUCCAGCACCAAAAUACACAAUUACGACCAGAUCCAACAAUGAAAAACUUGACUUAAUCUUGACGUCGGACUCGACAUUAUCCAAAGAAGAUGAAACAACAGUUCGUCAUGCGUCAAUAACGUUAAAUAUUAUCUCAAUCUUUGUUAGCACAGUGUGCGGUUUCAUUACGUUUUUCUUAGCUGUAGAAGAACAAUCGGUAUCGGCACUUGGCUUUGCAGUAGAUACGAUUCUUGAUGUUCUAGCAUUUGCGACAAUAAUCUGGCGUUUUACUAGCUCACAAGAACAAGACAAACGCGAAGUCUAUGUUUUAAGAAUCUUAUCCGUACUCUUCUUUCUUUCGGGUUUCGGUGUAUUUAUUGAUUCAGUAUUUGAUUUACGCAAUGGAAUUCAUCCCAUACCAAACCAUUAUUUGGCUGUUGCUGUGGGCAUACAAACAUUCGUUUUCCUAUGUUUAGCCUUCGGCAAAUACACAGUUGCGAAAAAAUUGAAUGUGAUUUCUGCUUAUUCGGACGCAUUCAAUACAUUCAUUUCAGCAUUGAUGGCUUUGUCAGUCGCUGUUAGCACAACUAUUUACAAUUCGACAACUAAAUUUUGGUAUAUGGAUCCACUUAUUGGCAUGUUUAUUUCAGCAACAAUUAUGAUUUAUGGCAUUUGGAUGAUGUUUAAAUCGAUUCAAGGUCGUUUUUAA